GUCUUCCUCCUCCUCCUCGAACCCUAAACCCUAGCCAAACACCUCCUCCUCCUCCUCGAACCCUAAACCCUAACCAAACACCUCCUCCAAUGGCGACCCUUCGCCUCUUCCCCCUCCGGCCCCACUCUCUCCCCCAACCCAACAAGCUCCAAUCCGCCACCACCAUCAACGCCGCCGCAGCAAAUCCUCUCAGGGUUGGUUUGGUGGAGGGGUCGCCGAGGAUGCCGCGGCGGGGGCGGCGGAGUUCCCGGGGGAUGGUGGUUUGCUACGCCGCCGCGCCCGUCGCCGCCGCGACUCUGCAGUGGGCGUCGACGGUCUCCGCUGCAGUACUAAUGGUUGCGAAAGGGACUCCCAUCCAGAAAUCGUUUCUUGUUCCAUUUGUUGCUUUGCAAGCACCUGCGAGUGUUGUUUCAUGGAUCAAGGGUGAGUACGGUAUGUGGACUGCUUUUUUGGCGCUUCUGGUUCGUCUAUUCUACUUCAUUCCAGGUGAAUUGGAACUUCCCUUGAUAGCAAUGCUUCUUGUGAUCACAGCUCCAUACCAGGCAAUGAGCUUAAGGGGAACCCAAGGUGGCGCAAUCAUAUCCUUGGCCAUCGCCGCGUUUCUGGCGUUCCAACAUUUCUCGAGGAUCGGAGAUUUGCGGAGGGCGUUCGAUCAAGGAUCCUUCAUCGCGACCUUGGCCAUCGUCUGCAUCGCUGUCGUGCCCUGCUUGUUCUUGUUUUGAUGUGAAUGAAUGCAGUAAUGAAAUAUCUGAUGUUCUGAAUGGCAGUAGGGUGUGUAAAUCGGUUGUGCUUGAAUAAAUCAUGAUGAUGUGAGGGGUAGUUUUAGAUGAUGGUUGAAAAAGCAUUCUGAGAUAGUAAUAGCUCCUGGACUUGGUUAUUUCAUUGUGUUGUCUCGUCAUGCUGCUUAUUUUGGUAAAAACGUUCAGAAUUUGUCCAUGAACCA